AUGGCUUCCGAACGGACCAUCAACUCCAACACUCCUACGCCUUAUGAAUCGACCAGGACUGUGGAAGCUGGUGCGAAGAAACCCUCCAUCGACGAUGCCCCACUCCUAGCGGAGCGCAACGGAACCUUUAAGGAGGUUAUGAAUGAGAGACAGUCUAAAGAUGAAAGUAAUUCCGGUACACAUGGAAAAGCUGGCGAUGGGAUGAACUUCUCCCGCGAAACGCAACAAAGUGAUCAGACUACUAAAACUACGACAGCAUCGGCUGAAAAGCUGAGCGAUGAGAGACAAUCCGAGCAGCGGAGUACUGGUGCAAAGUUUGAAAAGCCUGAACAUGCAUCAAGCUCGAUGCAAGCUGAUACUGUUAAAUCAAGCUCCGAGAAUGCACCAGAGCAUACGUCCAAGAAACUGAAGACGAAGGAACAGCAUGUCGCUGUCAAGGACGAACUGUCGGCUCCUUCGGUUACAAAAUCGAGUCAGCCUGCUAACGACCCUAGGACCUCAGCAGGUCGGCCCAAGAAGAGAAAGGACGCGCCGAACAGGGAUAUUCCCACGGAUGGCAUUGGCAGCCGAACGCGGAGUCGUACCAAGAUUGCUUCUUAAUCAAACCUACCACUAUCAGGAACUGAUCUUGCGGUCAUAAGGGAAAGUCUUCUUCAGUUACACGGCGAUGAUCGUGCUGGACAUUGACCAGUCUUGAUUCUGCUACUUUUGUUCCUGCGUGAAAUUCUGUGCACGAAGUGUAUGUGGACAUGGUCAAUGUUAAGCAAUAAUCAACCUUAACAGAGUAUGCGAUCGGCUAGGGUAUCGUUUCCAAGAGCACCAUAAUCAUUGCGCUAGAUCAUUAAACAGCAUCCAUAUUCAGGUAGCAAUGAUCCUUGGUCAUUUCAUUAGACGGUAUCAUUGCUACACUACUUCCGCAAACUGCAUAUCCAAUACUCAAGUAUCGGCAUUUCAAACC